GACUCCAAAUUCUUUUGCCUUCUCUAAUUCUAUGGUUGAAAUUUUAUUUUGGAUUAAAAAAGAAGAAUGAAACCAGAAAGUGAAGCAGAAGCCGAUGACUUCUUUUUCAGCUAUAGACAAGAGUCAUCCAAAGAGAAACUGUGGCGAAAAUGCAAGGAGAAUCCGUUUGUCCCCAUAGGUCUUGCUGGUACUGUAGGAGCAUUGACAUAUGGACUAAUCUCGUUCCAGCGAGGACAUUCGCGUAAUCAGCAGAACAUGAUGAGGUUAAGGGUUAUAGCUCAAGGAUUUACUGUGAUUUCUGUCGUGGUUGGUGUGGCCAUUAUGCAGUGGAGAAAGCCAGAAGGAAAGGCCACAUGAAGCAAAUGAACUUGAAACUUGUGAAAAGAAAUAUUUUAAUUUAUGAUAUUUACAUUGCUAAAGCAUGUAAUUGGAUUUCUGUCAGACAGAAUUGACAAAUGGAGUCAUAGGGGAUUUUAAGAAAGAGGGUUUUUUGGUAUCAGGUGGGUCAUCCUGAAGAACUUUUGAUAUUUUUAUGUAGCAUGAGCAUUCUAGGUUACGUUAGAAUUUGUUUCUGGCCAAAGCUUUAGAAAAUGAGAUAGAAAACAUACUUCAUCAAUUACUUUGUUUGUUUAUUUAUCUUAAAUUUUGAGUUAUAAAGACAGAGUCAAUUUUGGAGUAUGUUUUCUUAUAUCAUUCCUACUUCAGGAUUAUAUUAAUUCUUACUUGAGUAUUUAUGUGACUUGUCCAAGAUCAGAUACAAUUGUAUUUGCUUGAAGCAUUUUGCAGUAUGUAAUACAAAUUUGCUUUUUGACAAAAGCACCCCCCAAUGUUUUGACACUUUUUGACAAAUGCAAUCUGUAUCAGGUCUCCUUCAUAUACUAUACAAUUAAAAACUAACAUUAAUCUAUGAUGCUAUAUAUGUGUUGUAAAUGGUUACUUCUUAACAUAAAUUAUGAAUCAGGGACUAUGACGGGUCCUGGUUCAUCAAACCAUGA